AUGAAACAAAAAGGCGGACAGGAGGAGGAGGAGGAGGAGGAAGAGGAGGAGAACCACAGAAAACCAGAGACUGAGCUCAAAAUAAAUUCUGUAGUGAAACGUCGGCCACCACCAUCGCCCACUAACCGCCAACUGGACAACCUCCACCAGCGCAGCACAGCGCCACCCAGAGGCCUAGUGCAGACCGACAGCCCGAACUUCCUCUGCAGUAGCCUGCCGCAUCACUGGAGGUGUAACAAGACCCUUCCCAGAACCUUCACUGUGGUUUCCCUGGGCAACGACGUGCCAGACGGCGUGGUUGUCACAUUGAUGGCUGGCAACGACAACAACAGCAGCGCUGAGCUACGCAACGCCACAGCGACCAUGAAGCAAGGAUACGCCCACUUUAAUGACCUCCGCUUCAUAGGUCGCAGCGGGAGAGGAAAGACUUUCACUCUUUCAAUCAACGUACUGACCUCGCCCCCUCAGAUCGCCACAUUACGCAGCGCCAUCAAGGUCACUGUGGACGGACCACGGCUGCCGAGACGACAGAGGCAGAAGGAGGUGAAAACAGGAGCUUUCAGAUCAUCCUGCAGCAGCGCAGCAUCAUCAGAUUGUAGAUCCUUUUCCUCCUCUCUCUGGACCAAUGAGCCAUCCUUCCUGGGUCAGGUGACCUCUCUGACUUCUCCUUUCACUCCAAGUCCCAGAAUGCACCACGUACCUCCUGCCCUCUCCUACUCCACCCAGCCUCCGCCAUACAGCUCCUACCUGUCUGCUCCUCCUCCUCCUUCAGUCAGCCACAGUGGUCCGUUCCAGCCGGGCAGCUUCUAUUACGGACCGAACCAAUCACUCCAAACCGCGGGGGAGGACCGAAAUGUUGCCGCUGCGCUAACCAAUUAUAUUGAAGGGGCGUGUCUUUCUAGCAGAGGGGAGGAGCCUGUCUGGAGGCCUUAUUGAUCACUGCCCAGUAACUGCGUCCCAAUUCAGGGGCCACAUCCUUCGAAGGACGCGGUCUACAAAGGCAUGCCCUUCGUGAGACACAUUCGGUUUCCAAAUGCAGCCUUCGAAGGAUGCGGCCUCUGAAUUGGGACACAGAUAAUGUUUUGUUUUCUUUAUCAGUCUGUUUUUAAAACCUGAAAAAUCUUCAAACUUUUGUUCU